ACGCGCUCUUCGAUAGCAUCAAAGAUGGCGGAAGAUUUAUCGCAAAAUCUGCAAAGUUAUCAAAUUCAAUUGCAGCAGGUUGAAGCAGCUCUUACUAAUGAUCCAGAUAAUGAAGAACUCUUAAAAUUGAAGAAAGAUUUACAGGAAGUAAUUCUUUUAACAACUGAUCUAAUUGCUGCGAAUUCUGAGAAAGCCGUUCCCGCUGUAAGUCUUGAAGGAUCGAGUAAAGAUUCAAGCAUUCUUAAAUAUUGGAAACCAGGAGAUAAGUGUUUAGCACCUUGGUCCGAAGAUGGACAGUAUUAUGAAGCUGUUAUUGAAGACAUAACUGAAAAUGGCCAAUGUACAAUCAACUUUACCUUGUAUGGAAACACAGAUGUCUCUGAUGUUGAACACUUACGGCCUUUGGGCAGAGAACAUGGAGAUUUUCCAGAAAGCUCAUCAAAAUCCAGAAAACAAAUUAUUCAAGCACAGAAAGAGUAUAAAAAGAAAAAAGCUCAAAAGAAGGCUCAAAGGAUGAAACAGUUGGAAGAAGAACGUGAGAAAGAGAAACUUAAAUGGCACAGUUUCAACUCUAAAGCAUUUAAUAAAAAAGGGCAUGUGAAAAAAAGUAUUUUUGCCUCACCCGACAACAUUAAUGGCCGUGUUGGUAUUGGGACUUGUGGCAUUGGAGGUAGACCUAUGACUGAGUUUCAACAGCAAGAGAAAUGGAGAAGACCAAUGAAUGGACCUUUGAGUAAAGUUGCUGCGCUGAAGGGACAAUCAUCUCAUUUUUGAAUUUGAAGUUCAAUGCCUCAAGCUUUUUCAUUUCAUCCAGUGGAAGAGAGGUGCUAUUGUAAAGAGCAAACAAUGCUGUAAAUAGUUUUUCCUUUUUUUUUUUUUUGCUUGUGUUUGCCUUAUGGAGUCCAACCAAGGAAAGUGGAUGAUUAAAAGCGACAUUGUAAAUAAUAUAGUUUCAUUGUGUAAAUAUUCUGUAUCAUAAUUCUUUUUUAAAUUCCGAUGAUGUUAAUAAAUAGUUUAAAAAUGCA